AUGGUGCUCCCGCCGCUCGCGCUCGUGCGCCGCCUGGCGCUACCGUCCACGCGCGCGCUGUCGUCGAGCGCGGCCACGUGGGGUGCGUUCGUGACCAUGGAAACGCGUCCCAACGGCGUUGCUGUCGUGCGCUUGGACGACAAGGCGGCCCGAGUCAACACGAUCUCGUCCAAGAUGACGGCCGAGCUGACGGCCAUGCUGGACACGGUCGAGCGCGACCCGCAGAUCAAGUCGGUGGUGCUCAUCUCGGCCAAGCCGGGCGUGUUUAUCGCGGGCGCGGACAUUGCCGAGCUGAGCGCGUGCCAGACGGAGGAGGAAAUGCGCGCAAUGUCGAGCGCCGGACAGAGUUUCAUGAACCGGCUGGCGGACUCGUCGAAGCCGUUUGUCGCUGCGAUUGAGGGCUCGUGUAUGGGCGGGGGCCUGGAAGUGGCGCUUGCGUGCCACUACCGCGUGGCGGCCCAGAGCAAGAAGACGCAGUUGGCGCUGCCGGAAGUGAUGCUGGGGCUCUUGCCGGGCGCAGGCGGCACGCAGCGCCUGCCGAAGCUCGUGGGCAUCCAAGCUGCGCUGGACAUGAUGCUCACGGGCAAGAACGUGAAGCCCGACAAGGCGCUGAAGAUGGGACUGGUGAACCAGGUCGCCGACGUGUACGCGCUCGAGAGCGCCGCCGUGGCCGCAGCCGAGCAGCUGGCGGAUGGACGGCUGAAGAAGACAGUGACAAAGAAGAAGGGACUGGUGAACCGCGUGCUGGAAGACACGCCGCUGCGGCAAGUGGUGUUUAAGAAGGCUGGCGAGAUGGUGGAGAAGAAGACGGGCGGGCAUUACCCUGCGCCCAAGUUGAUUAUCGACGCUAUUCGAACAGGCGUCGAGGAUGGACUGGAGAAGGGCUUGGAGGUCGAGGCGGCCAACUUUGCCAAGCUCGGCAUGACGAGUGAAGCCAAGGCGCUCAUGAGCAUCUUUUUCGGCCAGACUGCGCUCAAGAAGAAUCGCUAUGGCAAGCCUACUAAGCCUGUGGAGACGAUGGCGGUGGUUGGGGCUGGACUGAUGGGUGCAGGGAUUGCACAAGUCUCAGCGGCGAAGGGCGUGCGGGUGCUGCUGAAAGAUCGCGAUGCCGUAGCUGCGGCGAAGGGGGAAGAUUAUGUGCGCAGCAAUCUCGAGAAGAAGGUGAAGCGCAAACGCAUGAGUGUGUACGACCGCGACAUCGUGAUGGCGAACGUGGUGCCGCUGUCUGACGAAGAUGAGGUUUGGAAGACGCACAUGAAGAAGGCAGAUCUUGCGAUCGAGGCUGUUUUUGAGGACUUGACGCUCAAGCAUCAUGUUCUGUCGGAUCUGGAGAAGUACGUGUCGAAGGAGUGUGUGAUUGCGACGAACACAUCGGCUCUGUCGAUCGCUGACAUUGCGUCGGCUUGCAAACGCCCAGAAAACGUGAUUGGUAUGCACUACUUCUCGCCUGUCCCAAGCAUGCCGCUGCUAGAAAUCAUUCCUCACGCGGGCACGAGCGAUGCCACUGCAGCGAAAGCUGUUGACUUGGGACUGCGUCAAGGCAAGACAGCUAUUGUGGUCAAGGACGUGCCGGGCUUUUACGUAAACCGCUGCCUCGGCCCAUACAUUGCUGAGACGUUGGCCCUUGUUGGGGAUGGCGUCGACCCGGAGAAGCUCGACAAGCUCAUGGUUUCAUGGGGCCUGCCCGUAGGUCCCAUCACUCUUGCUGACGAGGUAGGUCUCGACGUGGCCUACCACGUCAACCAGACGCUGUCAAAGGCGCUUGGCGUCCGCAUGGAGGGAGGCGAUGCAAAGCUGUUCGAAGAAAUGAUUGGACAGGGCUUUUUGGGCAAGAAGUCGGGCAAAGGCUUUUUCGUGCAGCCUCCCACGGGCAAGAAGACGAAGAAGACCAUAAAUGCUGGUGCCAUGGACCUUGUAAAGAAGUUCCAAAAGACUGAUCUCAAGCUGAGCGACGACGACACUGUGAACCGACUCAUCUCGCGCUUUGUCAACGAGGCAGUUUUGUGCGUGCAAGACGACAUAAUCGCGUCCCCUUCGGAGGGCGACAUUGGCGCUGUGUUCGGCAUUGGCUUCCCCCCUUUUAUCGGCGGGCCGUUCCGUUAUGUUGACAAAGUGGGUAGCACCCAGUUUACGGAGAUGAUGCAGCGCUUUGCCGAUCAAUAUGGCGAGCAGUUUUCCCCGGCGCCGCUGCUGCAAGACAUGGCCAAGACCAACAAGAAAUUCCACAAGAAUUAG